AGACGCGUGGUGACGUCAGGCAGGCAGGCGAGCGAGCGAGAGUAAAGUCCAGCAAAGCAAAACAGUUGAGCAAAGCGAAGUUAAGCAAACAGGACGAAGGCUGGCAAGCGAGAUGGAGGGGCAGGGAGAGCACCACAAGCCCAAGAAGAUUCUGUGUGUCGGCCUCGUGUGUCUGGACAUCAUCAGCGUGGUGGACGCAUUUCCCCAAGAAGAUUCGGACAGCAGGUGUGUGUCACAGCGAUGGCAGCGAGGCGGCAACGCGUCCAAUUCGUGUACAGUUUUAUCACUUCUGGGAUCGCCGUGCGCAUUCAUGGGAUCACUUUGUGCAGGACCUGUGGCCAGUUUUAUUUUGGAGGAUUUUCAGAGGUUCCAGGUGGAAGUGCAUUCGCCGCAUGAGCGCGCCGCCUGUGUCACACCGACGUCGCUCGUCAUCAGCAGCGCCGCCACAGGAAGUCGCACCAUCCUGCACAUGAACAGUUUCAUCGUUGACGACUUCUCGCGUCGGUCCAUCGACAUUUCGCGGCUGGCGUGGCAGACGACGGGCCAAACUCCCAGCGCAUGUUGUGUGGUUUGUCCGUCCAGCGGUUCUCGCACUGUCCUGCUGGCCGACACCAACAUUCCAGACGUGACGUGUGAAGACUUCAGCGCAGUGGACCUGAGCGCCUUCAAGUGGAUCCACUGGGAGGGGCGCAACGCAGACGAACAGCUGAAGAUGAUGGCCGAGGUGGCGCGAUACAACGCCGCGUCGCCGCCGCAACACAGGAUAGUCGUCUCCGUGGAGAUCGAGAAGCCCAGAGAGAAGCUUUAUCAGCUCUUCCCGCACGCUGACGUGGUAUUUGUGAGCAAAGAUGUGGCUCGCCACCUGGGCUUUCACACGCCUCAAAGCGCUCUCCAGGGACUCCGAGGUCGCCUCAGAGCGGGCGCCGUCAUGAUCUGCCCUUGGGCCGAGAAAGGAGCGGAUGCCGUGGACGCUGACGGAACGCUGCUCCAUUCCGACGCCUUCCCGCCCGAGCGCCUGCUGGACACGCUGGGAGCCGGAGACACGUUCAACGCCGCCGUCAUCCACAAGCUUGCUAAUGGUUGCCGACUGCAGGACGCGCUAACAUUCGGCUGCAGGGUGGCGGGCACCAAGUGUGGUUUCCACGGUUACGAUGGCAUCGCAGACAAACUGACGCAGGUGUAACAAACCAACGUUAUACUGGCACGGUCGCAUCAUUGAUUGGUGAUGACCGAUCAUGUCAUGGAACAAUAAAGUGCUGGAAAACCUUGAA